CACCGGGGGGUGGGGACGGAAGGGCGGCAGGCGGAAGGCAGGAGGCUGCCGGGGCGCGGGCUGCUGCGGGGGAAGGGGCCCCGAGGCGUCCGCCGCGGCUCGCUCUGUCACCGGCGCGGAAUUGGAGCGCGAGGGCUAUGGGCGCGCUCCCCUGAGGCGGAGGUCGCGGGCGGGAGGGUAGAAGGCCCGACCGAGGUAGCUGCGGAGGCCGCGGGCCGGUGACUGGGCGAGAGGCAGCCGGCGGCGGCGGCGGCGACGACACUACCACCACCACCACCACUAUCACUACCACCAUGUCGCGCUCCGUGCUGCAGCCCAGUCAGCAGAAGCUGGCGGAGAAGCUCACCAUCCUCAACGACCGCGGCGUCGGUAUGCUUACCCGCCUCUACAACAUCAAGAAGGCUUGUGGAGACCCCAAGGCAAAACCAUCCUACCUUAUUGACAAAAACCUGGAAUCUGCUGUGAAAUUCAUAGUCAGGAAAUUCCCUGCUGUAGAAACCCGCAACAACAAUCAACAGCUUGCACAACUACAGAAAGAAAAAUCAGAGAUUCUGAAAAAUCUUGCGUUAUAUUACUUCACAUUUGUGGAUGUUAUGGAAUUUAAGGACCAUGUUUGUGAAUUGCUGAAUACUAUUGAUGUUUGCCAAGUCUUCUUUGAUAUUACUGUAAACUUUGAUUUAACAAAGAACUACUUAGAUUUGAUCAUAACCUAUACAACACUAAUGAUACUGCUGUCUCGGAUUGAAGAAAGGAAGGCAAUCAUUGGAUUAUACAACUAUGCUCAUGAAAUGACUCAUGGAGCAAGUGACCGAGAAUACCCACGCCUUGGUCAGAUGAUUGUGGAUUAUGAAAAUCCGUUAAAGAAGAUGAUGGAAGAGUUUGUACCCCAUAGUAAGUCUCUUUCAGAUGCACUAAUUUCUCUUCAGAUGGUGUAUCCUCGAAGGAAUCUUUCAGCUGACCAGUGGAGAAAUGCCCAAUUAUUGAGUCUCAUCAGUGCACCCAGUACAAUGCUUAAUCCUGCACAAUCUGACACUAUGCCUUGUGAAUAUCUCUCUUUGGAUGCCAUGGAAAAAUGGAUUAUCUUUGGCUUUAUUUUGUGCCAUGGGAUCCUAAAUACUGAUGCAACAGCAUUGAACCUUUGGAAGCUAGCUCUUCAAAGUAGCUCUUGCCUUUCUCUCUUUCGGGAUGAAGUUUUUCACAUUCACAAAGCUGCAGAAGACUUAUUUGUAAACAUACGAGGGUAUAAUAAGCGUAUUAAUGACAUAAGAGAAUGCAAAGAGGCAGCUGUGUCACAUGCUGGUUCAAUGCACAGAGAAAGACGCAAGUUUUUAAGGUCUGCACUGAAAGAACUGGCUACUGUCCUCUCUGAUCAGCCUGGCUUGCUAGGUCCCAAGGCACUUUUUGUUUUUAUGGCAUUAUCCUUUGCCCGUGAUGAAAUUAUCUGGCUCCUUCGUCAUGCAGAUAACAUGCCAAAGAAGAGUGCAGAUGACUUUAUAGAUAAGCACAUUGCUGAAUUAAUAUUCUACAUGGAAGAGCUUAGAGCACAUGUAAGGAAGUAUGGACCUGUAAUGCAAAGAUAUUACGUGCAGUACCUUUCUGGCUUUGAUGCUGUUGUCCUCAAUGAACUUGUGCAGAAUCUUUCUGUUUGUCCUGAAGAUGAAUCAAUUAUCAUGUCCUCUUUUGUUAACACUAUGACUUCUCUAAGUGUAAAACAAGUUGAAGAUGGGGAAGUAUUUGAUUUCAGAGGAAUGAGAUUAGAUUGGUUUAGAUUACAGGCAUAUACCAGUGUCUCUAAGGCUUCACUUAGUCUUUCAGAUCACAGAGAACUUGGAAAGAUGAUGAAUACAAUAAUUUUUCAUACGAAAAUGGUAGAUUCGCUGGUGGAAAUGUUGGUGGAAACAUCAGAUCUCUCCAUAUUUUGUUUUUAUAGUCGUGCUUUUGAGAAGAUGUUUCAGCAAUGUUUGGAGUUACCCUCUCAGUCAAGAUACUCAAUUGCAUUUCCACUACUUUGCACUCAUUUUAUGAGUUGCACACAUGAACUGUGUCCAGAAGAGCGACAUCAUAUUGGAGAUCGAAGUCUUUCCUUAUGUAAUAUGUUCCUUGAUGAAAUGGCUAAACAAGCUCGAAAUCUCAUCACUGAUAUUUGUACUGAACAGUGUACUCUUAGUGACCAGUUACUGCCCAAGCAUUGUGCCAAAACCAUCAGUCAAGCAGUGAAUAAGAAGUCAAAAAAGCAGACUGGUAAGAAAGGGGAACCUGAAAGAGAAAAGCCAGGAGUUGAGAGCAUGAGGAAAAACAGGCUGGUCGUGACAAACCUUGAUAAAUUGCACACUGCACUUUCUGAGUUGUGUUUCUCUAUAAAUUAUGUACCAAACAUGGUGGUUUGGGAACAUACAUUUACCCCACGAGAAUAUUUGACUUCUCAUCUGGAAAUCCGCUUUACUAAGUCAAUUGUUGGAAUGACUAUGUAUAAUCAAGCCACACAGGAAAUUGCGAAACCAUCAGAGCUUCUAACAAGUGUAAGAGCAUACAUGACUGUACUCCAGUCAAUAGAAAACUAUGUGCAAAUUGAUAUUACGAGAGUAUUUAAUAAUGUUCUUCUUCAACAAACACAACAUUUAGACAGUCAUGGAGAGCCAACCAUUACAAGUCUAUAUACAAAUUGGUAUUUGGAAACUUUGUUAAGACAAGUCAGCAAUGGUCAUAUAGCUUAUUUCCCUGCAAUGAAGGCAUUUGUGAACCUACCUACAGAAAAUGAAUUAACAUUCAAUGCAGAGGAAUAUUCUGACAUAUCAGAAAUGAGGUCGUUAUCAGAACUAUUAGGCCCAUAUGGUAUGAAGUUCCUAAGUGAAAGCCUUAUGUGGCAUAUUUCAUCACAAGUUGCUGAACUUAAGAAACUUGUGGUGGAGAAUGUUGAUGUGCUAACACAAAUGAGGACCAGCUUUGACAAACCCGACCAGAUGGCUGCACUCUUUAAAAGAUUAUCGUCUGUUGACAGUGUCUUGAAGAGGAUGACAAUAAUUGGUGUAAUUUUAUCCUUCCGAUCAUUGGCACAAGAAGCACUUAGAGAUGUCUUGUCUUACCACAUUCCUUUUCUUGUAAGUUCAAUUGAGGAUUUCAAAGAUCACAUUCCAAGGGAAACUGAUAUGAAGGUUGCAAUGAAUGUGUAUGAAUUAUCAUCAGCUGCUGGAUUACCUUGUGAGAUUGAUCCUGCUUUGGUAGUAGCUCUUUCUUCACAAAAAUCAGAAAACAUAAGUCCAGAAGAAGAAUAUAAAAUUGCCUGCCUCCUCAUGGUCUUUGUGGCAGUUUCUUUGCCAACACUGGCCAGUAAUGUGAUGUCUCAGUAUAGCCCUGCUAUAGAAGGGCACUGCAACAACAUACAUUGCUUGGCCAAAGCCAUCAACCAGAUUGCCGCAGCUUUGUUUACAAUUCACAAAGGAAGCAUUGAAGAUCGGCUUAAAGAAUUUCUGGCGCUUGCGUCCUCCAGUCUACUGAAAAUUGGCCAGGAGACAGAUAAAACAACAACAAGAAAUAGAGAAUCUGUUUAUUUACUGCUAGAUAUGAUUGUGCAAGAAUCCCCAUUCCUGACAAUGGAUCUUUUGGAAUCUUGUUUUCCUUAUGUCUUGCUGAGAAAUGCAUACCAUGCUGUCUACAAGCAAAGUGUUACAUCUUCUGCAUAAAACAUCUACUUAUGAAGACAAGCACGCAUUUUUGUUGCCUCAGUUUUACCUGUAAACAGUGGAACUAUUUUACCUUAAGGCCUGAAAAACAGUUUUGUGGAUUAUAAAUUACUUUCAUACGGUUGUAUUUUCUGAUCAUUGGUUUCUUAUAUGGUUGUACUUCCAUAUACUUGGUUGAUUUAGGUUGCACAUUUGCUGAAUUUACUGAAAUUAUUCCAAUAAUUUUAGAGUAUCAUUUGUUUAAAAAACAUACAUUAUCUCUAUGUUUUUGAUAUUUGAUAAUGAAAAAAAACUUUGCUUGUUUAUUUCUGAAAAAGAAUUGUAUUUAGUGAUUAUUUUAGGUAGUAAUAUUAUAGCAUUCAUCUGUGUGUAAAUUAUUUCAUAUAGGGAAGAGUUCUGACCUGUACCUAUGGUUCUUAUUGAAAACAAAACUGGAUGUGCAUUUCUGUGAUGUUAUGAAUACAUUUCUACUUUAUUUUGAAACAUUGCCAAACUAAUUACUGUAACACUGUAUAACAUUAAAAAAUGUUUAAGGACUGCUUAGCAUUAGAAGCAGACUAUGUCCCAAAAUUCUAAAACAGCAACAAAAUUGUUGCUUGUAUAAAGCCUAGUGAUAAUUUUUAGACUAAUUUCCAUAGUGCCCUGUUGGCAUUAGCACUACCAUUGUACCCCUGCUGUAUAAUAAACACCCUUAGACAUUUAUCAGCUCUUGAUACAAAUGUUAGUCCCUAACCACUUUUUAUAUGUUUUAAAUUUUUGAAAUUCAAGUGUAUCUGCCAUAACAUAAAAUAAACACUAGACUGUAUCACA